GGUGGCCUCUCGCCCUGGCAGCGAGGCCCCGGCACACCGGGCUCCCAGACGGCGGAGGAACAGCAGCACCUGGGCAUGGCGGAGGACGGGCCCAAGCCACCGCAGCUCAACAUGCCCCUGGUCCUGGACCACAACCUGACCAGGCAGAUGCGGCUGCGUGUGGAGAGCCUGAAGCAGCGCGGGGAGAAGCGCCAGGACGGCGAGAAGCUGCUGCGGCCGGCCGAGUCCGUGUACCGCCUUGACUUCAUCCAGCAGCAGAAGCUGCAGUUUGAGCGCUGGGACGUCGUGCUGGACAAGCCGGGCAAGGUCACCAUCACGGGUACCUCCCAGAACUGGACGCCCGACCUCACCAACCUCAUGACGCGCCAGCUGCUGGACCCUGCUGCCAUCUUCUGGCACAAGGAGGACUCGGACACCAUGGAUUGGAAUGAGGCCGAUGCCCUGGAGUUCGGGGAGCGCCUGUCGGACCUGGCCAAGAUCCGCAAGGUCAUGUACUUCCUCAUCGCCUUCAGCGAGGGCCUGGAACCCGCCAACCUCAAGGCCUCCGUGGUCUUUAACCAGCUCUGACGGCAGCUGCUCGCUGCUGCCCCCUCCCCGUGCCAGCCCUGCCCGUGCCCCCUGCCCCGAGGCGUGUGUUUGAGGACGUUCUUCUAGCUGCUGGCCUGUACUCAGCUCGCCCGGGACCCCCUGAGCCUGUGUCCUUCCUCCUCUCCUCUCCAUGGUGCUGGCGCUCCUGCUCACGGGAGGAAGACGCAAAGGACUUGUAGUCUAGAAGCUGGACCGGUGGCUGCUGCUUCUGCUGUAGACCAUGAAGCCUGGUUGACCUUGUGUGGGCAGAUGGAGGGGGCCGAGUGCAUUUAUUUUCUCUCUGCUUCGCUGUCCGGACAGAGACUCAAAGAGACCGAGAGAGACAGACAUAGACACACAGAAAGAGAGAUCCAAGUUCCCCGCCAUCGGGCUUCCUCUGGAGAUGGGAGAUGGGGAGACUGACGACAGAGCGGCCUCCUUGGGGAAUCCACACAUGGGCAUUUGGUACCCUCCUGGCGACAGAAGUCCAGAGGUGAACACUCAGCCUGAGGACCCAGGAAGGCACUUACUCCUGGCCCGGGCCUGGUGUGGUCCCAUGAUGCCCCAGGGGCCUCGGGACUUCAGGCAGGGUUGCUGCGGGGCUUGAUUUGGGCAGUGGGGAGUGACUGGCAGGCUAGCAGCUAUGCUUGCCAACUCUUGCUCUUUGGAGAAUGACUUCAGGAGGGAGAAGUGACAGGGAGAGGACAUAUAACAUAUUACAGAGGGAUGUCUCUAUCUGUACUUGUGCGUAUGUAUUGAGAGAGAGCACGCUAUAUUCAUAAGGCUACAUUCUCGAGUCUGUACCUGCCCUGUGUGCAAGUCUGAUUUUAGAUGGUCUAUUAUGUAGUUGCCCAGCUGGUUUGCGGGUGGCCCUUAGCAGGGGCUUGGCCAAGAUGGCCUUGGGGAGGGGGGCCCCCUGAGCUGAGAGCCUGUGAGGUUCAUACAAUGAAGUGGGGAACAGUAUAGUGAAGGGGUCUCCCUCUGCCUGGGGAAGCUGGAUAGCUGGGAGCUCUGGAGCAGGAGACAGUAGAUUCUUUGCUGGGAUGUCAGGUUUCUUCCAGGUUCCCGGGCAGGGAAGGCACAGGCCCAGUGAGCCUUCUUUGAGGGAGGGGCAGGCCUGGCUGGCACCUCAGGAAGUGACCCCAACAC